UGCCCGCGGGAGGUCCCGCCCCUCUAGCCCGGUUCCGCCGGGGCCGGCCGAGGACAUGGGGUCGCUGAGCAAGGCGUUGCAGGCGGCCGUGAUGCUGGGCUUGGGCGCGGGCCUGGGAAUCUUCCUCUUCGUGGUGGUGCCGCCGGGGGAGCAGCGGACGCGAGACCUGCUCAAGGACACGCCGGAGGGGAACCCGCAGCGCAGGGAUGAGGCGACCAAAACCAAGGUGCUGUGGAUGGACACGCUACGGGAGGCCGCAGAGACCCACGAGAACGUGGCCUGGAGGAAGGACUGGAACCGCCCGGCGGGCGGCAGGACAGCUUGACGCCCUUUCCUAAGUUUCCAUCUUAACUUAGGAACUCCCCUCCCACCUCCUCCGCCCCCCAGGCCUUGCACUUUGUGCCCUUUGUGCCCCGCGUGGGCCACUGAUGGCUGAAGCAGGCGAGGGGACUCUCCCACUGCAGGCAGACACCUCAUCCUGUUCCCCAGUGUGAAAUAAACCCUGGGUUUUGGA